AUGGUGCCCGACGCCCUCACCCCCCAUGACCCCCGGGUCACCCACCACUUCACCACCAUCCCCUCAACCUCCCAUACCACCGAGUCCAUAACCUACCACUACCUCCUCGCCAACCCCAACUCAACCUCCUUCUCCAAUGGUCAACCAACCGGCACCGUCCUCCUCCUCCACGGCUGGCCUGACCUCUCCCUCGGCUGGCGCUACCAAGUCCCCUUCCUCCUCUCUCUCGGCCUUCGCGUCAUAAUCCCCGACAUGCUCGGCUACGGCCUCACCUCCUCCCCUGCUUCUCCCACUGAAUACUCCCUGAAGAAACUAUCUUCUCACCUGGCGCAUAUCAUCCGCGAAGUCACCACCACCUCUUCUACUAAAAAGCCAGAGCGGGUGUUACUAGGUGCUCACGACUGGGGCGCCUUCCUCGGCUGGCGGCUAGCCAUUUACUUCCCUCAAUUAAUCAAAGGGAUAUUCGCAUUUUGUAUCCCUUAUACCCCACCGGAAACAAAAGUUACGACGCUGGAGGAACAUGUGAGGAAACAUCCGGAACUGGGGUAUCAGUUGCAGAAUGCGGGAGGGGGUAUAGAGAGGGUUGUUGGUGAAGACAAGAAAAAGUUGAGGGGAUGGUUAAAUGCCAUGUUUGGCGGGUUAAGUGAGGACACGGGGGUCAUGGCUUUUGAUCCGUGGAAGGGGUUGGAUUUGGAUAAGUUGGAGGAGGUGGAGGCUUCGCCUUUGGUUGGGGAGGAGGUUGUGGAUUUUUUAUGGUAUGAGUACUCCCGCAAUGGAAUCCAAGGGCCUAUGAACUGGUAUCGCACACGGGAAAUCAACUUGCAGGAUGAGCUACCGCUGGCUGAGGAGUAUGCUACCUGGCAGUUCCAGGUGCCGGCGAUGAUUGUCAUGGUUGGCCAUGAUCCUGCGCUGCCUCCGACGUUGACUGAUGGUAUGGAGAAGUAUUUUGCGAAGGGGCUGAGGAAGGAGGUUAUUCCUGAGGCGUCGCAUUGGGUAUUGAUUCAUACGCCUGAGGAGGUUAACAAGCUUGUUGGGGAGUUUUUGGAGCAGUUUUUGUGA